AUGCCAUGCUUCGCCAUCGGCAGGGACCGGAACGGGGUUUGUGGCAUCCCAUGGCCCUGGAAGUGGUGGAGCCAUGACGAGCCCCACCUGGUGCAGCAAAGAUCUGGCCGAUGGGUGCUGGCAGCCAUAGGAGGUAGUCCGAGAGAGGGCGGAUACACCUUCAAAAAGUUGGAUGAAAGCUCUGGAUUGCUGCUUGAUGGUGGCGAGGAGGUGGCCCGAGUGAUCUGCAAAAGCCUGAGCCACGAAGAGCUGAAAUGGACCCGAAGCGCCAAAGGUCAUGACCUCACUGGGGUGACCAUCACCAAGUCCGAAGUCAUGCAGGAGAUGCAGAAAGCCUCCAACGAGGGCGCAUACUUCGUGCUCCCAUCACAGCUGAAUGGGGUGGAUGCGCCGAGUCCCGAGCGGGUGCUCAAGAGCCUGGAGGAGUGCAAGUCUGAUGCCACGUUGUUUGAAAGGCGUGGCAUCAGAGGGCACUUGGCCCUACACCCAGCAGUGAGUCAGUUUCUGCUGGACAAUGCGCGCGGAACUUCGCGCGGCUCCGGACUGAAUAGCGUAGGGAAGGUGUUGGAGUCAAUCAACUCGGACCGACUGGAGUUUCAGAAUGGCUACCUGCGCGUGCGCCCUGAGAGCGAGGAAUCCUUGCGUGUGCUGGUGGCAAAUCUGCACAAGACGCAGCCGCUGAUUCUGGAGGAUGUGCCAGUGGUGGGUUUGCAGCACAGCAAGCUCUUUACUUCGUCCUUCCAUUUGGUACACGUGGCCUUUGCAUCUGCCUGUCCUUUGGAUCAAAGACAUCGGAGCGACAACUUCCACGAGGAGCUUUCCCGGAGCAUCUUGUCCGUGCAGUACCUGGGUGCUCUGCGGAGGGCUGCAGAGAAGGCGGCUGAAAACGCCAGGCAGAAGGUCUUCUUGGUGCCCCCAGGUGACCCUGGGGAAAAGUAUUUUUACAGCCGCAUCUCUGAAAGCAUGUCGCGAGCUGUUGCACUUCUGGGGCCGGAAGAUUUCAGGAAAUUGGAGGUGCAUAUCUUACUGGAGGAGUCGGAUUUCGACGAAUUCUGUAGCGAGCUGAUGUUUUAUGGAGUGAACCUCUGCAGCUGA